AUGGAUCCGACCUCGGGAGGCUAUUACGUCCCAUGGUUGGAUGCAUCGCCUACUAUGGCUGGGAUGACUAAAUCAGACCACGACACAAAUGUCGCUCUACUUCUGAGGACAACCGAGACGAUUAGAGAGAUCCUACGCGAUCUUCGGAGCGAUGGGGCAACCAGAGAGUCCAGACACUUCUACAGCAGCAUCAUGGCGCAUUGUCUGGUGAUUCGCGACCAUAUAAACCGAAUAAGGCUCAUUAUCCUAGAUGACAGUCCUCUGGUGGCCAGUAUCUUGGUUCGGUUUGAGGCGACCGUGAACGCACGUAUUCUGGAAGCCCAACCAGGAGUACCACAGACCGUAUAUCCUCGGCUGUGGGCACUGAACAAGACAUGGGAAAGAGCACGGUACGAUAGUAAUGCGACAGAGAGAGACUUGCUUCUGCGGGCGGUCGAUCUUCCCAGCGACCCAGACGAAUCUGACCAAUUGAUUGAAUUCUUUGAGAGCUGGGAAGAUAAUAUCAACCACCAAUAUCCAGACGACCCUGCAUCAUGGCCUCAGGAUGAUAGUUCCGUGCCGAAAAGGCGGAAUGGUCAACCCUCGUAUGCCGCCUGCAACGCGUCUCAAUCACUAUUUCGCGCUUUCCACGAAUUGAAGGACUGUGAGUGCCAGCCUAUGCACGACUUCGGCGUUCGACUUUGUCUGGGAACAUUCCAAUAUCUUUCCAAUGGCGGCGAAGAAGCGACCGACCCCCUCUGUGGGUUUGAGAUGUUUCUCUCUAUGCAAAAAGAGUGGCACGAGGCUGAUGUGCAUUUUGCCAAGCACGCAACGGUAACGUUCACUGAAAGCAACGUCGUGGGCACUCGGAAGCCCAAGGCCCAUGCGAUGAAAGUGAAAAAGCUAUGCGAGCCUAUCAAGAAGCGAAAGCCCUUUGACCGAAUCAAGUUAAAGAUCGAUGAAGAUGGACUCUUGUGGAAGCUGCGGUCCGAGAAAAGUUGCUUCACUAUUGACGAGACCAAAGCUCCAGUUUCUCUACAGCAAUUGAUCCAGGGCCAAUAUCGAUCGCUUACAGACAAGACAAAACGUAUCCUGGCGGUGCUACUUAGCUAUGCGGUUCUUUAUCUGCAUGAGACUCCGUGGCUCCCCCCGACAUGGGGACCUUCUAGUAUUUUAUUUUUCCAUACCACAUCCGCGGCCAUUCCCUUGAAACCUUUCAUCCAGACGCAGCUUGCACAACAUGUUGCUAGCAAUGGCCAAGCAAGUUAUCCCAUGGAUUGCGACGCUGGGACUCUGAGUCCAGAUGAUCUUGACCCAGAUGAUCUUGAUCCGGACGACAUGGACCCGGAUGACAUUGACCCCGAUGAUAUAAUGCUUCAUCAGUGCCCACAGCUGGUCACUUUAGGAAUCAUGCUGAUGGAGCUUUACCUCGCAACUACAUUCGAUAAUCUGGCGGAAAAAUUUAACGUUCCUGUAUCAGAGCAUACUAGUCUCGACGCAGAGUUGGUCUUUCAACAAUGCAAAUCUGAGAUCCCAGAGAAUUCUCAGUUCUAUUAUGCUGUUGAAAAAUGCCUGGAUUCCAAGGUCUGGGAAGAUGACAAUGGAGUCAAGCUUGAUGGUCAGACAUUGAGGACAACAAUAUACCAACAAGUAGUACGACCAUUAGAAGAUGAGUUAAGUCAGGCAUUUAGCUACAUCUCCAUCGAAGACUUGGAUCGCAUCGCACAGACCUUGGAUCUCGGUAGCUGGGGGCAGGUCAUCCAAAAUCAACAAAGAGGCAGUCGACACUCCGACAACCCUAGGGAUGACGUGCCCAAGCCCCCAUUUGAGUUCACUUCGCAUUACGAUGUAAAAGACGCCUAUCGCCAACAACAGCAAUACUUUCCACUAUCUCCAGAUCUUUCCAAAAUGAUUCUAUCACCUGUCCCCCACAUGACUACAUUGCCAUAUAAACAACACCCCGGGACAUUGGAAUACAAAGCUAUGAGAUUUUUUGAUGAUGAAACAGUCUCCGAGAAGCACUUUAUGGAAGGCAGAGAGAGCAACUACCAUCAUUGGCGUCAACGGUUCAAGGACGUGUACAAUAAGUAUAUAACACGGCCUCCUAAGGAUCAGGUCAAAAUCGCCAUUUUGGACACAGGUAUUGAUUAUACUCACCCUGACGUGGAUGCAUGCGUUGAGCAAGUCAAGGGUGAGUAUAACUGGACGAACGAGAAAUUUGUCCAGCGGGUCGACGACCACAAUGGACAUGGCACUUUUAUUGCUGGUCUACUCUUAGAGUACGCACCGGAUGCAGAAUUAUACAUAUCGAAGGUAUCGGACGGCAGACCAUGCAGCCCCAGUAUCAUUGCCAAGGCUAUUGACUAUGCCGUCACUGAGUGGCAUGUUGAUUUUAUUUCGAUGUCAUUUGGAUUCCCUUCUCGCGAUAUUGAAGGCUACGAUGAGUUAGAGUCCGCCAUUCAACGAGCGUAUGCGGCAAACGUUAUUCUAUUUGCAGCGGCUUCCAACAGCGGCGCAAACUUGGACCGAGCUUUCCCUGCCCGUGACGAGAAUGUCAUAUGUAUUCAUUCCACAGAUGCCAACGGGAAUCGAUCCCCAUUUAGCCCCACAGCUCUCGCCGACACGCUCAACCUUGCAACCGUGGGUGAGGGUGUGGAGUCUUCCUGGCCUAAGCAUUUAUGCGAGGACCUCUCGGGCAUUAAACAUAAAUCUGGUACAUCAUAUGCCACGCCAAUCGCUGUUGCCAUCGCGGCGUUUAUUCUACAAUACGCCCAAUUAUAUCUCCCAGACAAGGCUUCCAUGUUGAAGCGACAGUCAAAAAUGAAGGCUGUGCUGAGGAGGAUCUCCGAGAAGAGCCUAGAUUCGCGAGUCCGGGACGACUAUCACUUUGUUGCUUUGAAUGGCUAUUCCGAUAACCUGUUUGGGAAAGACCAAGGAUUUAUCAAUCAUGUGUUGCGCGAUAUCCUAAGUCAAUAG